AUGCCUGUAUCAAAAUCUAAAAAACAACAUCAUUAUAAAUCAUUUCAUCAUAAUUCACUUCUUGUUCUUUUUAAAUCUAAAUUUCAUUCAAGACGUCGUUUAUAUUCGUCAGAAGGAAAAUUCAGAAAAGUCUCUCGUACUCGACUUGUUAUUAAGAAUUUUUAUCAAACAUAUCGUUCAAUAAGUUUGCUUGUAUUAUUUAUUUUUCGUCUUUUUAUUUUUAUUGAUAAAAUAACAAGAGAAUUAUUUAUAUUUAUCGACAAACUUAUUCAAAUUAUAAGAGUUGUUGAUGGAUGGAUACAAAUGAUAAGAUCACUAUGUUCUGCUGCUCAUCUUAUCGUCAGUCGUGUUAUGAUAUUAUCACAUUGUAUUCAUCGAAUAUGUCAUUUACUUACAAUUUUAUUUCAACCAUUUUCAAAUCGAACAUUUGAAAAAGCUGUAAGAUCUUUUUCACACUUUUUAUUUUAUUACUAUUCAUCAAAUGGUGCUUGUUAUACAUUACAAGCUCGAACACGUCAUAUUGUUAGUAGAGUACGAGCACGAUGGAAAAAUAGACGUAAUUAUAUAAAUGAUAAUGAAGAUGACGAAGGAGAAGAAGAAGAAGAAGACAAUGAUUAUAAUGACAUUUAUUAUGAUGUUGAGAGUGAAGAAUCCGAAUGGUUUUAG